AUGAAUUUGGUAAAAUUCGCAAAAAUGAAUUCCGGGAAUCGCAGCGGCCUCUGUGAUCGAAAUGUAUUGCUUGGAUGUAUCGGUGUGCAGCGGGCUACGGACUUUUUUGCCGCUCUAUUUAAAAAGGAAGGGCGAGCUGGAAGGCAGAGGACAUUAAAAUGUAAUGUGCCCCCGGCCGCCUUUGAUGUGCCACCAACCGCUGGCUCGAUCGCCUCUGCUUCGUAG